CUGACCGUGGAUAUUCACCGAGCUGCGGACUGUCUGGCUGACCUGAGGAUCUAACGGCAGACAUUGUGGACGGUAUCUCAUCACGGUUAGAAGUGUCGUUAUCCGGUAGCUUGUUUUUUUUUUAGCCUUUUCGGGGCUAAAUACGGAUUCAUCCUGGAAGCACCCGGAGAACCGCGGAUAUCUACGCGGCAUGGUUGCUUCGUGACCCGCGGCAGGUGUGAAGAGAUGCCGGGGGAGCCGCCGGCGGGAACCGGCCGGGUGGUGCUGGUGAAGAAGAUCGUCAUGAAGGACGGAGCUGCGCUGCAGCAGGGGAUCGGCAGGCCCAGUGUGUAUCACGCCGUGGUGGUCAUCUUCUUGGAGUUCUUCUCCUGGGGAUUACUCACCACACCCAUGCUCACUGUUUUACAUGAAACAUUCCCUCAGCACACGUUCCUGAUUAACGGACUCAUUCAGGGCGUGAAGGGUCUGCUGUCGUUCAUGUCGGCACCUCUGAUUGGUGCGUUGUCGGACGUGUGGGGCAGGAGGACGUUCCUAUUGGUCACUGUCUUCUUCACCUGCGCUCCGAUCCCCCUGAUGAGGCUCAGCCCCUGGUGGUACUUCGCCAUGAUCUCCAUGUCCGGAGCUUUCUCCGUCACCUUCUCGGUCAUCUUCGCCUACGUCGCUGAUGUGACGGACGAGAGAGAGAGGAGUACGGCGUACGGUCUGGUGUCGGCUACUUUCGCAGCCAGCCUGGUGACGAGCCCAGCGAUCGGGGCGUACCUGUCCGCCUGGUACGGAGACAACCUGGUGGUUCUGCUGGCCACGCUGAUCGCUCUUGCCGACAUCUGCUUCAUCCUGCUGGCCGUACCCGAGUCCCUGCCCGACAAGAUGAGGCUCAACACUUGGGGGGCGCCCAUCUCCUGGGAGCAGGCCGACCCUUUCACUUCCCUGAGGAAAGUCGGUCAGGAUCCAACUGUCUUGCUAAUCUGCAUCACUGUGUUCCUGUCGUACCUGCCCGAGGCCGGACAGUACUCCAGCUUCUUCCUCUACCUGAGACAGGUCAUUCAUUUCUCCUCAACAACCCUCGCUGUGUUUAUCGGAGUGGUGGGGAUUCUAUCCAUCAUAGCACAGACUCUGUUCCUCACUCUGCUGAUGAGGACUCUGGGAAAUAAAAACACAGUUCUGUUGGGUUUGGGUUUCCAGAUCCUUCAGCUGGCCUGGUACGGCUUCGGAUCCGAGCCAUGGAUGAUGUGGGCAGCGGGUGCUGUAGCAGCGAUGUCCUCCAUCACCUUCCCGGCCGUCUCUGCUCUUGUGUCACAGUCUGCUGAUCCUGACAAACAAGGUGUGGUCCAGGGGAUGAUAACAGGGAUCAGAGGCCUGUGCAACGGUCUGGGUCCAGCUCUGUAUGGAUUUGUUUUCUUCCUCUUUAACGUGGAACUAAACGCCAUGGACCCCAUCCAGGGAGACUUCAGCAUCGACCCCCUGCCUAUUCACAGUCCCACUGAGCGAGCCCUCAUCCCUGGCCCGCCCUUCCUGUUGGGGGCGUGCACUGUGGUCGUCGCCUUCCUCGUCGCUCUCUUCAUCCCUGAGAAACCCGCCUGCUCCGCAUCUUCCUCCCAUCUAUCCCUCAGCGAUAAGCCCCGCCCAGACAGCAACAGCAAAGAGUCAAUGUCCUCGCUGGCCGGUGUCCACAUCAACACACCUCUACCAGGCAGCGAUGAAGAGACUCCUCCCACUGCCAGCGACGAGGACUUUGAGCCACUCCUGCAGGACAGUAUUGUUUGAUUGACAGCUAGAAUUGACACACAGGGCGGAGCUUAAUUGAUUGACACUUGGUUUAAGGGCAAAGAACUAGUUAUACAUUUCCAAGGCGGGACUAAGUGUUCUUUUGUUGUCUGAAGAUUGACCGCAAGAAGCUCCAAUUGCAUUCUCUUUGUGAGAAGGAAAUAUUACUUCCUACUAACGGAGGUAUCAACAUCCUUGACCGACCAAUGAGGAUGUUUCUUUUGCAAGGGCGUAUGAGCUGCCCACAUGAUGUCUUUGGUUGAUUUGACAGUUUUUGGAUUGAAAAGUCGGGGCCAACCGAGACGAGACAGUUAAAUUGAGACCAUCGAUUGAUUAACAAGCAGAGGGAUCAUCUGCUAUUUUAAGGAAUGGAUACGUCCAUUUUUGGGAUACGCCCACUUUUGGGACUCACCCGAAUCAAAUCCCCUGUGAAGGGAGGAGAAGUAUUUUUGAGGCUUUAAUGGAAGGAUUACUGCUCAUCUUUAAGCUUGAAGUCUUUGAUUGUUUUUGUGAUAAACUAACAAGGUAUUUUUACCUUCAGCUGUAUCAUUUGAAGCUGUAUUUUAAUUAUUUCUUAUUGUUCAUUGUACAAAAAGAAAUACGUCUGCAAAAUAUUUACAGCAGCCAAAACAUCAAUGUUUAUAUUUUUUGUGUGUUGAAGAACUUUUUUUGUUACUGGUUUUAUUUGGUUGGGUUAGGGGAUUUUUAUUUUUUUAAGUGUACAGUAUCUUACCUGCUAUCGAUGCUGACCAGGUAUGAAUGUUAAAAGCUAAGAGAUGAGUCGGCAACAUGAACUCCUUCAUGUCCAAAUAUCAGUUUGAAGACCGUUUCAUCUUAACUUUAAUUGCCAAGUUUUUUUUUCUUUUUUCAAAUUUCACCCAGGGAAAUAUUUUAGCCAAAAAAGGCCCUAAAAAGAUAUAUAUAUAUAUACAUGUAUAUAUAUAUAUAUAUAUAUAUUUAUUGUACAUAUUAUACAAAUCUUGAGAUGAGAAACCCCAAGAAUGAUGAAGAGGUUCAGUUUAAUAACCAAACGCCUCAGUUUCAGUGUAACUUUCCUUAUUUCACCGGUCCGUGUUCCUGUUUGUCACUCUACCUCAGAUCAGUGUGUUUCAACAUCCCUUUCAACCUGGAUUUCUCCUUCACCUAUGUUUUAUUUUUGAUAUCAAAGUCACUUUAUGAAAGUGCUGCUGGCUGCUGGUAGCGGGGAAACCUCAGAGCUGCAACUCUUUGUCAAGCGUGUAAAAAUGUGUUUUUAUUUCUAGCGAUGCUCAGAUGAUGCUUUCUUAUUUCAGAAACAUGUUUUCUCCUUGCGUUAUCUCAAUAUAUAUACUCUUUAAACAUCACCAAUUGUGUUGCUGAUUAAACUAUAAGUUGCACUUUAAUACAUUUUUAAUAUGAUAAUUUAAAAUAUAUAUAUUUAAGAUUCAGAUCAACAAUGGAUUCUCAAAAUGACUCAAAAUUUGGUCUGCAACUUCUUUGUUUGCUCCAGAUUCCCCAUGCUAGAUUCGGUAACACUCAGAUGUGUGUGUGUGUGUGUGUGUGUGUGUGUGUGUGUGUGUGUGUGUGUGUGUGUGUGUGUGUGUGUGUGUGUGGCCUGAAGUAUAGAUGUACAAAGAUGUGAAGAAGUGCUGGGAUCUGAAUUAUGCACUUUCAUAAAUUUUUUGGCAAGAUUUUUUUCUCCAGAUUGAAAAAAAAAAAAGACUGUAUAUCAAUAUGGAGAGUGCACAUUUGUUUCCUUCCGCUGUACUAACUGUGGAAUUGAUGCCACGCCCCUUCCAAGAACUGAGGCGCCAUUUUACUUACCAAUAAGACAUCAAAGAUCCCUAAGAUCAGUCCGAAGCAGAACACGUUAAUAUUAAGGAAAGUUCAGUGACUGUUGUUGGUUUUCGUUAAAUAUUCUCUCGUCUACUGUCGCAGCUUAAUUUACAGUCUUUGGUUUGAACACAGCUUGAGCUCGUCAAAUGUAGCAUCUUAGCCUCUUAAAUCCUCCCAAAUUGUAGAACCAAACGUAGAGGAAGUCUUACUUUCUUCAGAAAAGAAUAUGCAAGACUGCUCGGCUUUUACUGGUGUCAUGCUGUCAUCCAGAAUGUGUGUUAGUAAAAGCCACUAGAUGGCAGCUUUGCACCAUUAUCGUUCUCCAAAACCGAAAUGUUUCGAGCUUUGAUUUCCCUGGGUCAGUGUGCCUUCAACGAGCUUCAUCUCUUUUGUUUUUUCCAAAGGUUUAUUUUGCGGCUUUUUCUGCUUUAUUUUAGAGAGAGGACAGUGAGUGGAGUCAGAAAUCAGAGAGAGAGAGAGUGGGUAACAACAUGCAGAAAAGGAGCCACAGGUUGGAUUUGAACCCGGGCUGCCUGCUUAGAGGACUAUAGUUUCUGUACAUGGGGUGCGCACACUAACCACUAGACUACCUGGCGCCUGUUCAUUUCUUUUUUCUUUUCUCUGUAACAUCAGGCGAUCACUUGUAUGCUUUGGGGUCUCAUAGUCCUUUAUUUUAUUAUUUUAAAACAAUAUAAAGAAAAUCAGAUGUUUGAUUUUCUUCCACACAUGUUGCAGUUUUUUGUUUUUCUCGCUGCCAGCAGUAUUUUUCUUUGAAUGAACUUAUACUUGAAGCAUUAGAUAGAGAUUUAUUGAGAGCUUUAGAGUAGAAAUGCUGAAGACUUUAAGAGUAUAUAACGGACACAGAGUGUACAGAGUGAUAUGCUUUAUGACCUUAAAAUGUACAUGUACAUGAGAAUGAUCUAUUGGUUUGUAUAUAUUGUAAGUGAAGCGUGGGUCGGCUCGUUCAGUGUGAUCGAUCUGAAGGUUGUCCCUUCAGAUUUCAGUGCAGUGAAGCUCAACGGCACUGAGACAGUCCAGACUCACUCGGGACUCUGCGAUCUGUUUUUGCAACUCAACAAAUAAGAGCAUCGAUCUUUAUGUUUUGUUUUUAUUAUUCUUUGUUCAUACAAACAAUUACGUCCCUCUUUUUUCUGAGUAUGUUUACAUGCACAUUAGUAUCCGGGAAAUCGUUUUUUUCUGUAUUUUGUCAUUUUUUUCAAACAUGAUGAUCAUCUACUCUUUUUAUACGGAUUUAAAGGUGCUAGAUCAGAUCAAGAUAUUUGCAUUUUUCUCAACUGUUUUUGCUUUUUUUGUAUCAGUUAGACACUUCAGUUUCUUUUCAUAGACAUGACUACAAACCCCCUGUUUUCACUGCUGUUAACAUUGCAUUAAGAUUGACUUCUAUUUCUCUGAUAUACCAGCUUCUUUUUUUUUAAAUAACCCAAACCCUUUUAUCUAGGUGUGCAUAAACCAGGAUGAGUGUUAAUCCAGGUUUCUAUAGUCCCAAUAUGAUGUUUGUAGAAGUAACUAUUCCAAAAACCCAUCUAACGAGUAGGAUAUUAGUGUACAUAUGAGCACUGCAUUUGAUUUUACUCUCACCUGUGAGGCUGACUCAGCGGUGUAAAUAUUGUACAUGCAUUGGAUGUCUGUACAUGUGAAGAUAUUAAAUGUACAUGGGAUUCACUGUAAAUACACGCUGUCUGUUGUCUUGUCUGGAAGUUGUACGAGCCAGAUGUUGGUUAUUGGAAAUUAAAAACAAAAACAGCACUUGAAA